UUUACGAAGUAAUGGCACAAAAAAAAAAAGUAUUAUACUGUUUGUAAAACGUAUCAAAAGAAAAUGGUUUUUCCAAAAAUAAUCAACGUAAUAUCAUACUUGGAACAAUGUAAAAGAAUCACAAUUAAUGCUGCAUUUUAUUUACUGGUUUGCAUGACAUUAACAAUGGCAGAGGACAAAAAUAAAUUAGUCUCUAGCACAUCUCACACAGGUGCAUUUACAUCACCAACAUUAACUAGUGAAUCAACAACCCAAGUAUAUAGUUUACCAUCAUUCAGCACAUUAAGUGAACAAACUUCAGGCACAUCUCACACUGAUAUAUUUACACAAACAACAAGCCAAACAGUUGAAAAAAUUACAAUUAGUGAAAUUAAUUUUACGUCAGCCUUUUCUGUUCCAUCUGAUACAAUAUCUACAGGUUCUUUUUCAUCAAAAGAAGCUAGUUCUACUUUACAAACUUUGAGUAUCAAAGAAGAGUUUUCAACAUUGACUAGUGAAUCAACAACCCAAGUAUAUAGUUUACCAUCAUUCAGCACAUUAAAUGAACGAACCUCAGAAAGAUCUCAAACUGGUGUAUUUACAUCAUCAACAAGCCAAACAGUUGAAAAAAUUACAAUUAGUGAAAUUAAUUUUACGUCAGCCUUUUCUAUUCCAUCUGAUGUUAUAUCUACAGAUUCUUUUUCAUCAAAUGAAGCUAGUUCUACUUUACUAACUACGAAAAUCAAUGUAGAAAGGUCAACAUUGGCUAGUGAAUCAACAACCCAAGUAUAUAGUUUACCAUCAUUCAGCACAUUAAGUGAACAAACUUCAGGCACAUCUGAUAUAUUUACACAAACAACAAGCCAAACAGUUGAAAAAAUUACAAUUAGCGAAAUUAAUUUUACGUCAGCCUUUUCAGUUCCAUCUGAUACUAUAUUUACAGGUUCUUUUUCAUCAAACAAUGCUAGUUCUACUUUACAAACUUCGAGUAUCAAUGUAGAGUGGUCAAGAUUGACUAGUGAAUCAACAACUCAAGUAUAUAGUUUACCAUCAUUCAGCACAUUAAAUGAACAAACGUCAGUCACAUCUCACACUGGUGUAUUUACACCACUAACAAGUAAAACAGUUGAAAAAAUUACAAUUAGUGAUAUUAAUUUUACGCCAAUCUUUUCUAUUCCAUCUGAAACUAUAUCUACAGGUUCUUUUUCAUCUAAUGAAGCUAGUUCUAAUUUACUAACUUCGAAAAUCAAUGUAGAAAGGUCAACAUUGACUAGUGAAUCAACAACCCAAGUAUAUAGUUUACCAUCGUUCAGCACAUUAAGUGUACAAACGUCAGAAACAUCUCAAACUGGUAUAUUUUCACCAUCAACAAGCCAAGCAGUUGAAAAAAUUACAAUUAGUGAAAUUAGUUUUGCACCAACCUUUUCUGUUCCAUCUGAUACUAUAUCUACAGGUUCUUUUUCAUCAAAAAAAGAUAGUUCUACUUUACAAACUUUGAAUAUCAAAGAAGAGUGGUCAACAUUGACUAGUAAAUCAACAACCCAAGUAUAUAGUUUACCAUCAUUCAGCACAAUAAGUGAACGAACCUCAGAAACAUCUCUAACCGGUGUAGUUACAUCAUCUACAAGCCAAACAGUUGAAAAAAUUACAAGUAGUGAAAUUAAUUUUAAGUCAGCCUUUUCUAUUCAAUCUGAUGUUAUAUCUACAGAUUCCUUUUCAUCAAAUGAAACUAGUUCUACUUUACAAACUUCGAGUAUCAAUGUAGAAAGGUCAACAUUGACUAGUGAAUCAACAGCAAAAGUAUAUAGUUUACCAUCAUUCAGCACAAUAAGUGAACGAACCUCAGAAACAUCUCAAACAGAUGUAUUUACAUCAUCAACAAGCCAAACAGUUGAAAAAAUUACAAGUAGUGAAAUUAAUUUUACGUCAAUUCCAUCUGAUGUUAUAUCUACAGAUUCUUUUUCAUCAAAAGAAGCUAGUUCUACUUUACAAACUUUUAGUAUCAAAGAAAAGUGGUCAACAUUGACUAGUGAAUCAACAACCCAAGUAUAUAGUUUACCAUCAUUCAGCACAUUAAAUGAACAAACGUUAGGCACAUCUCACACUGGUGUAUUUACACCACUAACAAGUGAAACAGUGCAAAAAACUACAAUUAGUGAAAUUAGUUUUGCACCAACCUUUUCUGUUCCAUCUGAUACUAUAUCUACAGGUUCUUUUUCAUCAAAUGAACCUAGUUCUACUUUACAAACUUCGAGUAUCAAUGUAGAAAGGUCAACAUUGACUAGUGAAUCAACAACCCAUAUAUAUAUUUUACCAUCAUUCAGCACAAUAAGUGAACGAACCUCAGAAACAUCUCAAAAUGGUGUAUUUACAUUAUCAACAAGCCAAACAGUUGAAAAAAUUACAAGUAGUGAAAUUAUGUUUACGUCAAUUCCAUCUGAUGUUAUAUCUACAGAUUCUUUUUUAUCAAAAGAAGCUAGUUCUACUUUACAAACUUUGAGUAUCAAAGAAAAGUGGUCAACAUUGACUAGUGAAUCAACAACCCAAGUAUAUAGUUUACCAUCGUUCAGCACAUUAAUUGAACAAACUUCAGGCACAUCUCACACUGGUAUAUUUACACCAUCAACAAGUGAAACAGUUGAAAAAAUUACAAUUAGUGAAAUUAAUUUUACGCCAACUUUUUCUAUUCCAUCUGAUACUAUAUCUACGGGUUCUUUUUCAUCAAACAAAGCUAGUUCUACUUUACAAACUUCGAGUAUCAAUGAAGAGAGGUCAACAUUGACUAGUGAAUCAACAACCCAAGUAUAUAGUUUACCAUCGUUCAGCACAUUAAGUGUACAAACGUCAGAAACAUCUCAAACUGGUGUACUUUCACCAUCAACAAGCCAAGCAGUUGAAAAAAUUACAAUUAGUGAAAUUAGUUUUGCACCAACCUUUUCUGUUCCAUCUGAUACUAUAUCUACAGGUUCUUUUUCAUCAAAUGAAACUAGUUCUCUUUUACAAACUUCGAGUAUCAAUGUAGAAAGGUCAACAUUGACUAGUGAAUCAACAGCAAAAGUAUAUAGUUUACCAUCAUUCAGCACAUUAAGUGUACAAACGUCAGAAAGAUCUCAAACUGGUGUAUUUACAUCAUCAACAAGCCAAACAGUUGAAAAAAUUACAAGUAGUGAAAUUAAUUUUACGUCAGCCUUUUCUAUUCCAUCUGAUGUUAUAUCUACAAAUUCUUUUUCAUCAAAAGAAGCUAGUUCUACUUUACAAACUUUGAGUAUCAAAGAAAAGUGGUCAACAUUGACUAGUGAAUCAACAACCCAAGUAUAUAGUUUACCAUCAUUUAGCACAUUAAAUGAACAAACGUCAGGCACAUCUCACACUGGUGUAUUUACACCACUAACAAGUGAAACAGUUCAAAAAAUUACAAUUAGUGAAAUUAGUUUUGCACCAACCUUUUCUGUUCCAUCUGAUACUAUAUCUACAGGUUCUUUUUUAUCAAAUGAAACUAGUUCUACUUUACAAACUUCAAGUAUCAAUGAAGAGUGGUCAACAUUGACUAGUGAAUCAACAACCCAAGUAUAUAGUUUACCAUCGUUCAGCACAUUAAGUGAACAAACUUCAGGCACAUCUCACACUGGUAUAUUUACACCAUCAACAAGUGAAACAGUUAAAAAAAUUACAAUUAUUGAAGUUAGUUUUACGCCAGCGUUUUCUAUUCAUUCUUUUACUAUAUCUACAGGUUAUUUUUCAUCAAAUGAAGCUAGUUCUACUUUACAAGUUUCAAAUCUCAGUAAAGUGAGUUCAACAUUGUCAAGUAAAUUAGCAACCCAAGUAUAUAGUUCACCAUCGUUCGUUUUUUGUGAAGAAUCCUCUAGCACAUUUUUACUUAGUUUAAAAAGUUCAAUUUCUUUAAGCUCCGUAUUAUCAAAGACAAUUCCUCCUUCAAGAGAAAUAAAGUUCAUUUUUAAAAUAGUUUUUACUAAUAAGUUUAAUGAUAAUUUAAAAAACCCAUCGUCUGAAGAAUAUAAAAAUUUGUAUAAAGUAUUUCUAGACCAUUGUUUCUCUAUUUUUCAUUUAAUACCUGGUUUCGUCAAAGUAAUUAUAACUGGCUUUGAGAAAGGAAGUAUUGUUGUAAACUCUUUAAUUGUUUUUGACAAAAAUGAGGUGAAAAGAAGUAACGCUGAAGUUAGUGGGGAAAUUAUGAAUAGGUUUAUGAAAUCUAUGCGCCAGUCAAACGAUUCUAUUAAUGGUUACAAUGUUGACAUUAACAAAAUUAAAGUUGAUCUUGAGAAUGUAUCACCUAGUCUUGCAUCCUGGAUUAUUGUAUUGGUUGUUGCUUUAGUUAUUUUAUUCGCUUUGGUUACUGUUAUCUUCUUUCAAAAAAGAAAAAUAAGAGAGUUUAAAGAUCGAAUUUAUGUUACGGAGCACUUUUCAGCUGGUUCAUUUUAUCCAGAUAAUAAAUCAAACUUUGAGAUGUUACAUGUGCAUAAAGAAAUGAAUAAAGAAACGAAUUAUGAAUUGUUACAUGUACAAAAAGAAAUACAUAAAGAAACGAAAACAGAUAAUGAAGUAACUAAAAAUGGUAAAGAGCAUGCUCCAAUAACUAAUACUUUGUUUUAUGGUGAUAUCGAAAGUGGAAACGUAGAAAAUAGCUGCAAUAUAGAAACUUCUAAUGGCCAUUUAUCAGAAAAAUACAAUAACCUAGCUUACAUAUCAGAUGAUUAGGUUACGUUUAGCAAGAUAUUACGUUCAACAAAGAAUAUGCUUUUAGCAUAAGAAUCAACUAAUUAAAGCAAAACCGUUUUGGAAGAGAUAAAUAAAUUGGUUUUGAUAUAAAUCAUAACUUUUUAAAUACUAAAUACAUAUUUUAUAUCUUCCUAAAAAUACAGACACCACUAUAUAAAAAUAACGGCACAAAACAUAAUGGUGCAAUGACGUAAAAUGUCAUAAUGCGUGAAAGAUAUCGACAUCAAAAUAUCGAUAAAAUAGCUUUUAAUUUAUAUAGCUUAUUUUGUAACAUUUUUUAUGAAUGUUAUACCCCAAAAUGUAUAAAAAUAAAUUUAUAAUUUUUACAAUUAUUUUGUUCUUCAUAUAAAUUUUAAAACAAAGUAUAUAAUAAAGUAUUUCAAUUUUUAAAAACGCAUCUUUUUACACGACAGCUACACGGUUUAUGUUUACAGUUUUUUUAACGUAGUUUCUUAUAACUAAUAUUUCUAUAUGUGUGUGUGUGUUGGUGCUAUUUUAGUAAUAAAGUUUAUUAAUUGCCACCUUCAGAUUA